AUGGUCAGGUCACUCGAGACUGUCGCAUUGGAUUUACAACUACUCUGGGAAGCGCAUACCCGACCCAAUCAUCUGAUUGAACUUCAUCGUGAUAUAUAUCACUGGGACACCUUCGUGAGCAUCACCGAGAAGCAGCAACAGAUAGCCAGGCUGUCAUACGAAAGAGUCCUAGAGGAGGUGCAGAUUGAACGGAGGCAUGAGGAGGCGACGCCUCCAGCAGAGGACGUUGCGAAGGAGGAUGUAGAACAGGAACGGAGAAGGAGUGGUAACGCGGGAGAUAUUGCCGUUGGGCCGUCCGAAAACUCCCCGAAUAUGGAACAUGCAUUCGCUGUAACAUCCACGCAUGACCACGGCAUGGUGGGGGGUGGGACGGGUUCGGAGAGUGAAGACACACCGAGAUCCAGUGUGAUCGACCACCAGGAGCUGUGCAAGAAGAGACCCAGUGAAGAGCUCACCGGAAACGACAUCGAUACAAUCUUCAUCAAGAAACCGAUGAAGCGAAAGAAUUCCGAGGCAAAGAGCGAACCUUACAUUUCUAACAGCGAUGACGGUCUUGACGACGACGAGAUCAUGGGCUCAGUCUCACGCAUGGAUAUAUGCACCACCUUGAGGUGGCGAAGAAGGCCGAAGAAGUUAAUUAUACAAAGAUAUAUGCUGACAUUUACGUUACCAAUGAAUCCCAGCUCAACAUCUUGA